AUGUCGUGGAAUCAGAAGCCAUGUUUUAGGUUUGAGAUCGAUAACUUCUCGGAGAAGAAAGAUGCGAUAUCGUCUCAGACAUUCGUGAGUGGCGGAUACGAGUGGUAUCUCCACCUUUACCCGGAGGGAGAUUAUCUUUCUGGUGGUGAUCACUUGCCUUUAUACCUAGCUGCAGAUUCUAAAUCGUUGGGAAGUGGAGGGGAAAGGAUGGCUAUGUUUUACUUCUCUCUGCUGAAUCAAUCUGACAAAGAGCUCUACAGAUCCCCAAUUGGACAAACAUGCUAUUUUGGCGUUAAGUAUCUAUCAUGGGGUUGCGCAACCUUACCUCUAAGCAAGUUACAGGAAGAAGGGUAUUUAGAGAUGGACAGACUCAUCAUUGAAGUCUACAUCAAAGUUGUUGAUGCUGUGGACGGAGAAGGCGGAGAUGCAAAGAAGAAGGAGACUGUGGAUUUUGUAGGUCACCAAGAUUAUGCUUCUCAGGUUGCAUUAGUGAGAAAGAUAUUAGAAGAGCCCCGAGAAGUUGCAGAAGAAUUCAAACCAAAGAAAGUGCUAAAUGCGCUGAGAAAUGCUUACAGCAAGGUUAGCGAGCUAGUAGCGGAAGCAAAGCUGCAGAACUGGUUCAAGUCAAAGUUUGGUGAAUUUUCUUCGGAGAGUAAGAAAGCAGAUGAUGAGCUUGCAAGAGUUCCCUUGAUGACUAAGAAAGAUGCUGAUGAUACAUCUCGGGUCCAACACCUCGAGGAACGCAUCAAGAAUCUUGAGCUGUUGGAAUCCGGCUCCCAGAUGGACUCUUUGAAGUCGAAGCUCGAGGAAAUUUCCUUGGAGAAGAAGAAUUCAUAUGAUGCUUAUGGGUCUCUGGUCCAGCAACUCGAGGAACGAGUCAAGAAUCUUGAGCUGAGCUUGAAGUCAAAGCUUGAGGAAGUUUCCUUGGAGAAGAAGAAAUCAGAGGCUGAUGGGUUUAAGGUCCAACAACUACUAGAGGAUAGGGUGAAGAAUCUUGAGCUGAUGGUUUCAGACCUCAAAGUUGAACUGGACAAGGAGAAGGCCAAAUCGUCUGUCGAUGGAUUUUUGUUGGUCGACUAG